UCUCCUCCUUCCGUUUAUUUAAUUCCGUUAUCCCCCGCAUCGUCCGCUCAUUCUUUCAAAAACUAUUUUCCCCUUUUCCUUUCUCUUCCAAAGCUUUCUUCUCCAUUUCCAGAGCCUUUCUUUUCCUUCCCGAGAAAAGCAAGUUUCCCCCCCUCGAAUUUGCUCGCCGGAAUCUCCUUCCCUGCAAGCUCGUAGCUCCGUUCGCCGGCCUUCUUCACCAGCAGAAUCCUCUCUUCUUCGACUUGCCUGUAGCAGUUCGCGGCGUCCUCUGUGAAUUGAGAUACAAAAGGUGAGCUGAGAGAGUGUUUUUUGUUUUGUUUUGUUACAGCAGGUGAGGGAAUGGACGGUUCAGAGACUUGAAGAAAAAUUAGGGAAUUCCGUUUGAAAAUCUUCUCUCCUGUCUCAAUAAGGAAUCAGAAUUUAUUCCCACUACACAUUGUGUUGUGUGAAGUUUCUGUAUAUUUUAUACCGUUGCCAUUUUCGAUUAAGAAAGAGGGGAGGAGGAGAAUUGAACCGGGAAAGAAAUCAGGAGUACAAAAAAUGGAGGUCGUAAGCUCAAUUACGACGAAGCUGCAGGGGCUUUCCACAUCGGACCACGCAUCCGUGGUCUCCAUGAACUUGUUCGUCGCCCUGCUUUGUGCUUGUAUAGUCAUUGGUCAUCUUCUGGAGGAGAAUCGAUGGAUGAAUGAGUCCAUUACUGCCCUUUUGAUUGGUGUGUGCACUGGGGUUGUGAUAUUGCUGGUUAGUGGAGGGAAAAGCUCGCAUCUUUUGGUGUUCAGUGAGGAUCUUUUCUUUAUCUAUCUUCUGCCGCCUAUCAUAUUCAAUGCCGGGUUCCAGGUGAAAAAGAAGCAAUUCUUCCGGAACUUCAUCACCAUUAUGUUAUUUGGUGCUAUCGGUACAUUGAUAUCUUGCUGCGUUAUAUCCUUAGGGGCCAUUCAGUUCUUUGGUAGAAUGGACAUUGGUGAAUUUGACGUGGGGGACUACAUAGCAAUUGGAGCAAUAUUUGCAGCAACAGAUUCUGUAUGCACGUUGCAGAUUCUUAAUCAGGAUCAGACGCCUCUACUCUACAGUCUUGUAUUUGGGGAAGGUGUCGUAAAUGACGCUACGUCAGUGGUGCUUUUCAAUGCAAUUCAGGGCUUUGAUCUUGUCAAUCUUAAUCCACACAUUGGUUUGGAGUUCAUUGGCAACUUUUUGUAUUUGUUUGUUACAAGUACUUUGCUGGGAGUUGGGACUGGAUUGGUCAGUGCUUACAUCAUAAAAACCCUCUACUUUGGAAGGCAUUCAACGGAUAGGGAGGUUUCUCUCAUGAUCCUUAUGGCAUAUCUUUCGUACAUGCUUGCUGAGUUGUUCUAUUUGAGUGGGAUUCUCACAGUAUUUUUCUGUGGAAUUGUCAUGUCCCAUUAUACAUGGCACAACGUGACUGAGAGCUCGAGAGUAACGACAAAGCAUGCAUUUGCAACCUUGUCAUUUGUUUCUGAGAUAUUUAUUUUCCUCUACGUCGGUAUGGAUGCCUUGGACAUUGAGAAGUGGAGCGCCGUUAGUGACAGCCCCGGAACAAUAGUGACUGUGAGUUCAGUAUUAUUGGCCCUGGUCCUUCUGGGAAGAGCAGCUUUUGUCUUCCCCUUGUCCUUUUUAUCGAACUUAUCUAAGAAAUCACCGAAUGAUAAGAUCGAUAUCAAGCAGCAAAUUGUCAUAUGGUGGGCUGGCUUGAUGAGAGGUGCUGUAUCUAUGGCACUCGCUUAUAACAAGUUUACCAGUGGGGGGCACACUCACUUGCGAGGGAAUGCUAUCUUGAUCACCAGCACCAUCAUUGUUGUUCUUUUCAGCACAGUGGUCUUCGGUUUGAUGACUCAACCUCUCAUAAGGUUCCUGCUCCCCGACGGGAAUAGCCAGUCGAGCACAGCGGUAUCUUCCCAUGCUGGCUCCCCGAAAUCGAUCACAGUGCCCCUCUUGGGGGAGGGGCAGGACUCGCUGGAAGAUCUCGCGCAACAGCACCUCAACGGCGGGAACAGACUGCGAGCCCUGCUCACCACCCCAACCCACACCGUCCAUUACUACUGGCGCAAGUUCGACAACGCCUUCAUGAGGCCUGUCUUUGGUGGCCGGGGGUUCGUCCCUUUCGUCCCUGGCUCGCCAACUGAACGCACUUCCGCCAGCAUCACCACUCCCUUUCAGUAAAGAAGAGACGAGAAGAGAGAACAAGAAAGGAGGGAAGGAAGGAAGGAAGGGACUCCCAAAGGGUACAAAAUUGUACAAAAAUGGGUUAAUGGUAAUAUAUCUCAUCAGACAAACAUGGCAACAAUGCGACGGCCGCGCUUUUGUGCCAACAUUUUGUAAAUUAGCUCUAUUUCUGUGUAUUGUGCAUUUGUGGCUUUAGAGAGAGAGGAAAGAAACGACGGGAAGUUGGUAUUGGCUAUGUUGUAAUUUUGUCCCAUCCCUUAUUUUGCAUUUUUGACAAAUAUUCCUUCCUCUUCGGUUUGCACUAAUUUUGAUGGAAAAUUCACUCAACCCUUCAUUCUCAUAAGUCAUCAGUCAAGGCUUUUCCUAUCGA